UUCGCAGAAGGCCGUGGGGCGGUGAAGGGUUUAAAUCUCUUCAGGCGAGGGGCCGGGGGUGGUUGGAUAUCAGUUGAAGAAGGAAGGCCUGGGCGGAACCGUGACAUGGGCCCCGCUGAGGAAAAAGAAUGGGUCAAUGUUGCCAAUGAUCUUCUCACAAAAUGCAAUCUAAAUCUACAUGUCAACAGUCUCUCUGAUUGUGGAGCUGAAGUGUUUACUCAGCUUUAUGAAUCAAUAUUGGGAGAGAGUGUUCCAGAUUUCAUUGCUGUACCAAGUUGUCAAGAAGAUGAUGCGCAUAACGUGCAGGCGGUAAUCGAUUCUUUGGCAUUGGAUUACUUGCAAGUCAGCUUAUCACAUAUAACUGGAGAAAAUAUUGUGAAGGGAGACAAGGAAUCCAUUAGAAAUCUCUUGGAAAUAUUUGAUGGCCUACUUGAAUAUCUUACUGAAGACAUAAGUGAGACUGCUUCUCAGAAUGGCGAUAAUUUUAAUCAGAUGGCUAAAGAUGAAGUCCAACAUCAUCUGGGAGAGCAAGAAGGUGGCCAAGAGAUACCAGUUCCCUCCCUAGAGCUACCAUCAGCUGUGGGGUCUCCUCUGUCAUUGGCAAGAAUCCCAUCAGAAGAGGUAGAUGGUUCAGAAACAACAAGUGAACUAAUUAAGCUGGGUGACACAGCUUAUUUGUUCUCCCUGAGGAAUGACGGCUUGCCGUCAGAAAGAGAAACAUCCAUGAAAACUUUGGACUCUGAAAAGCAGGAAGGUUUUAGAGUGCCGUCGGAUUUCCCCUCAAGUGGCAGAAGCGUUCAUUUCACAGAAACUAAAGGAGCAGCAAAGUCUUCUGAGUUGUCUAGAGAGCAGCCGAGUUCCAGUGCUAAAAAGCUUGGGGAACCCAUUCGCCCAGCAAUUCCUUUGCAGCCUCCCUACCAGCCUUCUGUACCCAGGAUGUCUCACCCAACAGACAGAAAAGACAUAAGUUUGGGCAGGCAAUCCCCGUCAUCCAAAUCUCAGCACGCAUCCUCUGAUGCUGAAGAACCCCCUGAAGAAGAGUCGGCAGUCCUCUCAGGUGGUCACGUUUCACAAUCAAAGAUGACCUCUGAUCAUCCAACUAGAGAUGAGGAGCAAACAUCAGAAGUUGUUUCAGACAAAGUAACUGAUGCAACAAUUGUGCCAGAAGAUGGCAUAGAUUCAAGAAAGGAAACGUAUGAGAGUUAUCAGUACACACCAACGCCUUGUUUUGAGAAUACAUUACCCCAUUCCACAUCUGUACAAAGCACAAGACCCAAGCAAAGAAAUCUGCUUCUUGGAAAAAGCCAGACUGAAAGCUUGACACUAACAGACUCCCUUGAUGAAGAACCUCUUCCUCACAGAAGGGCAAAGGAAAAACUGUCUCGCCAGGAGUUGCAUCACAUGUCCCAGAAACUCUCCCGGCGUCUGAAUGAACUUGAUGCAAUGUUAAAGCAUGCUUUGGGUGAACGAACCCAAGAAGAGUCAUCAUCCGAAGAGGAUCAACUUUCUCAACACAGUGAUAGUGUCAUGGAUUACCGUCAAAGGAAACCAGCCACUGUACGCCUGAGGAAAGCACCCGGCAGACAGCGAUCACUUUCUGCUUCACCGCCACCAUCCAGCCACCUCUUGUCUGUGCUGGACAAUGACCUUCAACAGAGGGAUGUAAGAAGGCCAGCUGGAAAUAUGCGUGAACGCUUGCAAAAGGAAGAAGACCAGAGGAAAAUAAGAGCAAAGCUGUUGGCUAAAGCCUAUGAUGAUGAAUUGAGAGCUUAUGAAGCUAGUGAAAGAUUGGAAAUGGCAAAACUGAAAACAAAGGCCAAAGAAAUGGAACAAAAAUAUAAGGAAUGCAUCUUGAAAGGACCUCCAAGAACUUCACAAGCAAAAAAACUUUAUUCUCAGAAAAGUGGGCCUAGGAAUCCCAAACUCAACCAGUGGAUUUCAAGGGGAGGCUUUGCGAAGCCGAAGAAAGCAAUCCCAUUGAAGGUCAAGGAAAAUGACCUUUUGCCUCAACUAUUGGAAGAUUUUCCCCACUUGCACGUUUCCCACCCAACUAUGAAUAAGAUGUGGCAGCAGCAGCUUGCACAGAUAGACCACCUGAAAUCUCCCAUCAACAGAAGCCGUCAGAAACUUCAGAAUGAAGUACUAGAAACUCUGAAGAAACACGAGCUCCUUGUUGACCUCAUCAAGAAAGAGCAGACUCAUAAUAGGAGGCUGCAAGAAUUUAAGCAGCGCAUUCAUCGGCAGAAAUAUACUCAGAAUAAGGUGAGAGACAGACGGCAGCAGAUUGUGAGAGCCAAAAAAUACUACCAAGAUUAUAGAGUUCAGCUGCGGGCCAAGAUGAUGCGGGCCAGGACACGGGAGGAACGUAUAUUUAAAAGCUUGUUUGAAGAAGGCUUGGACAUUCAGAAACAAAGACUGCACGAGUUAAGAGCAUACGCCAAGGAAAAGCGUGCUGAGCAAAAAAAGAAGCAUCAGGAUGAAUUAGAGUCUAUGGAGAACUACUACAGGAACCAGUUUUCAAUGCUGGCAGAAGCUGUUGCAGAAGAACGUCAUGAAAUCCAAACCAGAGAGAAAGCACAUGCAAACACAUUAAACAAAGUGAAACGUGAGCUGCGGUCAAAGAUGGAGAAAGAGAUUAAAGAGCUGCAGGAUAUGAUCAUGCAAAACGACGACGAUACCUUUUUCCGAGAACUGGAAGCAGACCGUCUGAAAUCCAGGCUCCUGGUGGCUUCCUUUCAGUAUAACAAAAACUACCAGUUCCUUUAGGCCUUGGCAGGUUUCUCUCGCAAAUACUUGUGCGAUUUAGUCCUGGCAAAAAGACUUCUUAAAGAAAACAUCGAGGGGACCAAAACUAGAAGUGUGAAGUUAGCAGUUUGUUUUGCCACCUGGGAUUUGCUGUCCUAAAUCCAAAAUUAGGCUUGUUUACAAUGGCAAGAAAAUACCAAACGGACGGUCUCCGAAGAUUUUAUUUUUUACAGAUUUUUAAAAUAAAGAUUAUGUAGAA